AUGCCUGGUGUUCCUCCCGACGCUCUCGAGCAGGUCAAGAAGGGCUUCAAGCGCUUCUUCAGCAGUCGCAAGAAGGCAGCUAAGAAGCAACCCGCACAGGAGACUGAAGCUGCCGCUGCUGCCCCCGUUGCCGCUGCGGCCAGUGAGACAGCUCCCGCGCAGCCCACCGCCCCCGCUGCCACCCCGGACUCUGCCCCCGAUGCUGCCAAGGCACCCGAGGCAACGGGCGCGACCACUGCGCCUGCCGCCCCUGAGAUGACCGCUACUGCCGGCCCCGUCGAGACUCACUACGAGCCUGCCCCUGAUGCUGCCGAGCCUGCGCCUGUUGUUAAGCCUGAGGAGCCUGCUACCAAGACCGAGACUCCUGCCGCUGCGCCUGCACCCGUUGUGCAGUCCGAGGCCCCUGUUGCUAAGCCUGAGGAAGCUGUUACUAAGACUGAGGAGGCUGCUGUCAAGCCAGAGGAGCCUGUUGUUAAGACCGAGGCCCCUGCUGCGCAGCCCGAGGAGGCUGCUGUUAAGCCCGAGGAGGUUGUCGCUAAGCCUGAGGAGCCUGUCGCUAAGACCGAGGAGCCUGUCGCUAACACCGAGGAGCCUGUCGCUAAGUCUGAGGAGCCUGUCGCUAAGACCGAGGAGCCUGUCGCUAAGACUGAGGAGCCUGUCGCUAAGACCGAAGCUCCUGCUACCGCGGAACCCGCUGCUGUACCCGAGGCCACUGCUGCUGCCCCUGUGGAGCCUGCCAAGACCGAUGCGCCCGCUAAAUAG